AACCGACUCAUCACCUUGGCCAGCCUCCAGCCAAUGCGGGACAGAAAGGAGUGGCAGGGAUCCAGCGCUGCGCUGUAUCUUUAAGCUCCACUCCAAUCCAGCAAGGAGAGUCGCAGCCUACAGGAUCAUUGUGUUUGUGCGCUCAUUACGAUACAGGGACCUGGCGCUGUAUUAUUGAAGAGGAGGGGAUCCGGUGGUUUUUCUCUCUGUGUGUGUUUGUGUUUUAUUUGGCACAGGAUGGUCAUUCUCGCACUUGUAACGCAUGGAGUAGAGUAACAGGCUUGAAAACCGCCCAAUCAUGAGAUGCCACCGGGUUGCCUUUGCCAUUUAUUUCAUUCUGCUGCCACUCACAGGUAAGAAAACUACUUAAACCCUAAGUUAUUGAAAUACUACUACAGUAUUCUGGGUGAUGAUGUUUCUGUGCGUAAGGAAAUUACUUUAAAGUGACCAUGUUGUACCGCUGUAGCCUGUUUGAAUGUGUUUACACUCUUUUACGCAUGUGGAAAGUAUUUCUAAUCGAGUGUGAAGACUGAUCACAUUAUAACUGUGAGAUUGAAACAUCGACCUCCCACAUCUUUGCCAUGUAGGUUCCGUCCAAAAACUGCUGUUUCAUGUUCAUUUGUCUGGUUGUUGUAUUUUGUUUAGCCCUGACAAGUGUACUGUACAACACGUGUUUGCCUGCAUCUGUUCAUUUUUGUCACUCACGGACAUAUCAUGGUCCUCAUACUGACCCUGAAGUCUGAACACGUGGUGGACGUGUAGUUUUAAGUGUUGUUUAAUGGUGAAGCCCCGUCAAGUUGUCAGCUGAUCAUAUCAGAGCUCAUUUGCAUAACUGUAGGUGAUGUCUUUGUGCUGGCUUUCCAGGAAGGCAACAGGUGUGCGUAAAUGCGUUGGUGUGUGUGUCUGUUUCCACCACUAUGAGGACUAUUAAUAAUUUACGCAACCCCAAUAAGAGGGAUUAGGUUGUCCACCCUAGAAGACGCAGCAGCACACAUCUUUUAACAUCCACACACCCAGCAGCACCUUGACAUCUGAACGGCUCUGACUGCCGCGUGAUGAAAGCUCCGUGUUUAGUCAUCCAACAGCCUCAGGUCCUGUGUUUGAACCGUUUGCUUACUCAAAUAACACAGUUGCAACUGCAGAGCACAAAUCCGAAAAGAUAGCAGAAAAAAAUACAUCAGUUACAGCCAGCGUGUUAAAAAAAAAAGGAGAGCUCAUUUGCAUCCACAUGCCUCUCCUCCCGGCUCUCUGUGGGCCCUGACAAGCCUAAAGGCACAACAGUCACAUGAAAAUCUUGUUCUUGAAACGGCUCCUUUCAUGUGGAAAUCUGCAAGUAAAAAAAAAAAAAAACUGCCAAAGAAAGAAAAGAUAACUUGGAGGAGGGUGAAGAGACUAAAAAGAUAAAUCUUAGUUUAGUUUAUGCAUCUAAGGGGUAUGGAUCUGGAAGCCCUAAUGUAUGAUUACUCAGCGAGUUGACGGCACAGAAUUAUUGAUUGUUCAAUUGAGCCAUAGUGGUCUUAUAGCACUUUGUCUUAGGGGGCUCAGUGCCAAUCAUAACAUCUUAUUUAACGAUCAUAUAGGGGACUGUAUUCUUCCUUUGGAUUGUAAUCUCUACCCUAAAUCUUAAACAAACUGAGGAUUGUAAAGACGGCUGAGUCAAUCCUGUCUGACCCCACUCACCCUCUGUCAGAGACCUUAAAGCUGCUACCAUACAGCCUGCCGAAAUGCACCACAAAUGGAUUCACAAAUUAAAUGAAUGACUGUCCAAAGUUUUCAUUAUCUUAAGUAUUUUGUUUUCUUUUAUUGUGCUUGAUACUGGAUGUACAACAAAUUACCCCUUGAGGAUAGUAAGGAUGACCAUGACCUCUUGACCUCUUACAAAUUAAAGUGGUCUUUUGUUGCAGCUUUUAACAUGCCAACUUGUAUCCCGGUUGUGGUUAGGUGUUUGUGCGUGACAUUGAUAAUAUUUACUGUGAAUGAAAACAUCAUAUCCCAGUUUUUAACACUUCGAUAAGCCUUUACCCAACAUAAACCAGGCUGGUUGUUGUAUUUUGGGUGGCAGUAGUUUAGGAGGUAGAGCAAUUGGCCUAUAACUGGAAGGUUGGUGGUUCGAACCUCAUCCUAUCCCUUGUCUGUCUGUUGUGUCCUUGGGCAAGACACUUAACCCACCUCGCUCCCAGUGUGUGUCCUCCACUGGUGUAUGAUUGUGAGUGUUGUAUGGUGGUGGUUGGUGCAACCCUGCAGCUACGUUUCUGUCAGUCUGCCCCAGGGCAGCUUUGACUACUAUGAUAGUUUACGACCACCGAGGUGUGACUGUGUGAGCGAGUGAAUGUUGUAUCCAAUGUAAAGCGCUUUGAGGUCACUGACAAAAAGCGCUGUAAAAAUCUGAUGCAUUAUCAUUAUUAUUAUUUGAAGCUGUCAAAAUCCUAUAAACAGGGAUGUUAAUAAUCUUUUCUUUGAUAAUUGAUGUCGGUAGCACGGACAGCAAAACCAGGAAAGGGGUCUACAGUAAGAUCCUGCCAAUCAAUUCAUGCCAUCCCACUGAGCAUUUUUGGUCUAAAAGAGGUCUAAUAGACUUCUAAUGUAGCCUAGAAGACUGGUCUAAAAUCAGACUUCCACAGGUCUACAAAUUAAAGUUUUUUUAGAUGUCUAAAUUUAGACCAAGUUUAGACCAAGUCUAAAUCUGGGCUAUAUCUAUACUACAUUGUAUAUUGCUCAACGGCUAUCAUAAAUAUUUUGGUUAAGUACUUGGAGAUCAGUUACGCAACUCACAGUUGCUUUUUAAAAUAAAUAGUUAUUGAGUAAUGGGUUAAAAUGCAACAUCUAAAUUCCAUCUAAAAAUAUACAGAAUCUAGACGGUUAAAAUUGGGUCUAAAAAAAAACUAGACAUCUAAAAGCUGUCUAUUGCUCAGUGGGAUUUAUUUUCUAGUUUGUAGUUUACUGAGAAGUACCUCACAAUAGAACCAUUCACAGACGACAGAAGUAAUAUUCAGAUCCAGCAUACAUCAAACAUACUGUAUGUCCUCUUUUACAGUGUGGUGUGAGCCAGUCAUCUCCCCCAGUGGGCCUCACAUAGUAGUUCCCAAGAGAGGGAAGCUGGAGCUACGUUGCUAUGACAAUGCAACAACUGCCGGUGCCCCGUCCAACCUGAGGUGGCAGAGGGAGAGGGCUCGCCGGCUCGAGGGAGAGGUGGAGGAGGGCGGUGUGGCUUUUGUCAGGGUGCCAGCAGCUCAGGCCUACCACAUGGGCCGCUACGUGUGUAUCAACAACAUCACGCUGGAGCACAGUUCCAUUUAUGUUUAUGUGAAAGGUGAGUUUGAGGCAUGAAACUAGUCGUACUUAAUUGAUUCCAUCUAUAUAACUUCAAAUCCCUCCCUUCAUUCCUCCCCGCAGACCCUCAAAAUGCCUUCAAGGGCACCAUGGUGAAUGUCAUCCUGGUGCGAGCAGGUGAGAACUGCACCAUACCCUGUCUUGUGACCGACCCUGAGGUCAAUCUCUUGGGUUUGGAGACUUGUGAUGGACGACCGUUGCCUUCUGAUAUGAGUUACCAUAGCAACACGCAGCGAGGCAUCAUCAUCAAUAACGCCAAGAAGGAAUAUGAAGGCUGUUAUGUCUGUGUGGGACAGCUGAGUGGUGUCAAAGUGACCUCAAGUCAAUACACCGUGGAUGUACGACUCGGUAAGUAUGAGAUAUCACCGACAACAGUGAUUUGUUCAUGUUUUGAAAGGCCUGAGUAUGGUGUAAUGAGCUUUCACACCAAUUUGCGUGUUCUAUCAUUUGUCAUUUGAGUGAUAGUAAAGUGUUAAAGGUGGGAUAGAACUAAAUCUGGUACACAGUUAGCUUGUGCUAGAUGUGAUGUGUCUAUUACGGCUUUCUUUUGUGGUGUAAAAGCUGCUGAUUUCUCCUCGCUCUUGGCGCUUUUGUGGGAUAGCUGAAAAAAACUGCUUCUGCUCAUUGCCUUAGGGAGAGAUAAGGAAAUAUCCAGAAGCAUGUAUGUAGGUGAACAGUCAAGUAAACACAAAGUUAAUGGCACUGUGAGAAGUUUUUAACUUGUGGAGAAACAGACUGAAACUGGUUCUGAUGACUCUUAAUGACCUUUAAAAACAAAUGAGACCAUAAGAAACAAGAAUAAUUAUGCCAUGUUUGGUUUCAGACCAGAUGAUUGACAGCAGGUUAAAAAAAAACAGCCUUUUUUACUGUUAAAAGUUGCUAAUCAAAGAACUGCUAUGGCUACAAAUGGGCAGAGGAGACCAGACGGUGUCCUGACAGAGCCCAGGGUCACUGCGAAAAAAAGCCUCUCAGACGUAUCCAUACUGCAGAUCUGUUUGGAGAAAAGAGGUCAUCAUAUUUUGUUAUAUCUGCUUUAUAAAUAGUAAAUGUUUGCUAAAAGCAUUUGAAGUUUACGUCAGUGGAAAAGGAUCGUAUUUCUUUUUGUCCCUGCUGUGCAUCAGCGUUUUCAGUCUUGUCUGCAGUGGAAAGACAGCUUAACAGAGACAGGCUGGGAGGAGCUGGGAGGUGUAAUAUCCUUCUAACUGAUGGAGAGAGUGAGUGAGAAAAAAGAGACAUAAGGGAGGGCUGAGCAGAGGGAUUAGAGUCCUUCACUGAACAAAGCUUUUGUAACGGUGCAUGAAGGCAGCAUUUAGGGUAAAUAGAAUUACCACAGUCUUGGUCAAACACAGCCGCUAAAACUGACGUCAGCAGGCUCCUAGGAAUCAACGGGUUCUUCCUCUGAGAGUGUCAGCUUUCGCAAAUAUAACCCUUGCGUGGAUUACCAUGUGAGCGGAAACAUGCAUAAGUGUGUGUGUUUGUUUUGAAAAAGGAACUUCUGCACAUCAACAAAUAGGAGUCACCUUGGAGGAUAUUUUAAUGAACACCGUUUAUACAGCCAAGAUGUUUGUGUUUCUGUUGCAAACAGGGACAUAAAUCCAGAGUGAUCAAAGAUGUGAACCCUCUGUUGACCCCAAAAACCUUUGUUACUUUAGUUUAAAGGAAAUCCAAUGAGAGCAGAGGUAGAAAAGUCUCCUACCAGAGUGCUUAUGUAAAUGAACUAAUCACAUAUACCACCUGGAAUAAUGUUGCCUUCAAAUUUUCCAGUGCCAGAGGUGACUCCAGUCGUAACGCUGUCCCAGAAAGACACAGUCAUCCUGAGGAAAGGAGAGCAGUUUGGGAUUACAUGCAGCUCCACCAACAUCAACCCAGACUUCAAUCUUAAAUGGGAUUUCCCUCCAGCAGCGGUGAGAUUAAUGUGUCAUUGUUAUUAAUUACAAAACAAACAUGCAAAAAAAAAAGAAAGUUUAUGGCACAGUAAAAUAUUGAAGCAGGCUAUAUCAGAGCUUUAUAACUCAUGGGACUAUCGAGGACUCUUGGUUUGGUUCCCUGUUAUAUUUUAGAGUAUUCGAACAGCUUAAUGAUGUGAAGAGAAGUUCCCCAGGUUGUGUUUUACGAGGCGUGAUACAUCUUAAACAGUAAAUCCUUGUUUUGCCUCUAAUUUCCUGCAGCGUCCUGAUGAAUCACACACCUCACACAUCCUGUCCAGCUCCCGUGGUUAUCAACGCACCACCUCACUUUUGAUCACAGCCGUCAGCCAGUUAGAUUCAGGUUCCUACCGCUGCCACGCCAACAACGAGAGAGGCACCAGCACUGUAGGACUGCAGCUGGAUGUCCGCGGUAAGUGUGAAUGAUAGGUUUAUUGGUUUAUCGGUAUGUAAGAGGAUGUGUUCUGUUCAAUCAACUGAGAAAUCAAACAUUGAGAUUCAAUACACACUAUCUGAGUCAGCGCUUUGCACAUGUAGUCGAGUAACUGGUUUGGAAAUGAGAUCUCUUUGUUUCAGUUUGAGGUGUUUUAUACAGGCGCUUUUUACCAAAUUGGAAAAACUUGCUGUAUUCAAGUGUUACCUAAAUAAACAAGAAUCAGGAUUAUUUAUUUUUACUACUCACAAAGACAUUUUUCAGUUCACGUACUGCUGUUUUUUAUUUAUUUACUUUUUAUUUAUUAUUUAUUUAUUUAUUUUACUUAAUUUUUAUUACAUUUUUUAGCCACAACAAGACAGUGUAUACACCUCAAAACAAUCCAUUUUUUUUCCUCUUUUCAGCUGUAUGUGUAUUUUUACAAACAUCCACUGAUAAUGUAGGAUUAAAUCAAAGAGAAUAAUCAUAGUAAUCAUUGCAAAUAAACAAUGUCCUCUCCAAAGUACAGAUUUAUAGACACAAAUUCUAGUCAGAGGCAGGAUGACAGUAUUUGAUACUUGGAAAGGAAGUACUUACACCAUUAACAUAAACUGUCAUUAUAUUAAUAAAGGUACCACAAGUUCCCAUCUUUCAAUAAAGGAGGCCCUCUGAAGCUCUAGUGAAGAUGUGAUCUGCUCCAUUUGAUAAACAUCCCAUACUUUUUGAAUCCAGAUUUUGAAUGAGGAAGGUUCUGGUUUCAACCAUCUGAUGGUUAUAGACUUCAAGGCUGCAGUCAAUAAUAUGUUUAAGAUGUAUUUUUCUGACCUCUUGUCCAAACCUUCAGGCACUACCCCCAGUCUUGCAACCUUGAAGUCUUGUGGGAUAUUCGUUUUAAAAACCUCCUUCAGGGUGUUGAAAACCUCCAUCCAACUGCUGAUUUUAAAGAUAAAAAUUUGCAUAAUUUGCAUUUUACACAACAGUUUAAGCCUCUGUCGCUGUAGUAAUAUGUGACUGGGAAAGGUGAACUUAAACUCACUUGCCUUGUUUCUAUUGCCCUCCAGAGCAAGGCUUCAUCACCAUGAUCGGACUCAUGAGUCCAGUGCGUGCUGAUGUGAAGGAGGGCGAGAGCCUGAGCCUCAGAGUAGAGUUCGAUUCCUAUCCAGCGCUGAGCUCUCUGUCCUGGUCGUAUAACAACAAAAAGCUCCUAAACACGACCGAGCAUGUCAUCACAAUCCACCGCCGCAAAUACAGGUACGCUGAGUUCAUAAUAUUUCAACUGCACAUACACGUGUUUGUGCAGACAAAGGAUUUCAUAUGCAUGUUCAUUUUUUUAGAUACAUCAGCGAACUUAGACUGGUGAGGGUACUCGGCUCAGAGGGCGGGAUCUACAAGUUCUCAGCCAAUCACAAGGAUGCUGCUGUGGAACAUUUCUUCCAUGUGUAUGUUAACAGUAAGUAUCCACUACAAUGUUUACAUAGUUUUACAGAUGACUGGCUAGAUUUCAUUUUUGUGCCAUGCAUGAGGACAUACACGUCACAAGAAAGACUCACAAGAAACUAGAUGUAGACACAUGGUUACAAAAAUGAUAUUUGAGAAAUAAACUGUUUUAAUGUUUGCAGGAUGUUGUUUGCAUAAAACUCGACAACAGUGAACAUCAGUCUCUUCUUAUUUCAUAAGUUCAUAAGUAACUUCGUCUUCUCCAGGUAAGCCAGUUAUUGUUGCCCAGGAAGGGCCUGUGGAUGGACAGGUGCGGUGCAUCGCUGCAGGCUAUCCGGUCCCUAAAAUCAACUGGUACUUCUGUGAGCAGCCACAUACAAGGUACUCUUAGAAUGCACUGUAAAUGAUCAUUUUAAAUUUUAUUUUUUAACUUUAUAAGAAAGUAAACUAUUGAUAAACAGUGGAAAAUACAUCAAGCAAUGAUGUUUUAUCAUGAGCUUGAUGGUAGCCUUUCAAACCCUCCUGUUUUAUGCUGCUCUUCCUUCCACAGUACUCUCUUUAUGUACAGAGAGGCUCAUACAGUGACUUUUUCCAUCAGUAAGAUUGAACCAAUUAUCAUGAACUUCUGACUCUUUGGUGAAUGUUAAAGAGAAGUGACUGAACAGCAGUGUGUUUUUCUCACAAUAAUCUCAGACAUGACUCACCCUCGGUUGUUUUGUCUGGCAGCUCCUCUGAGAGCAGGAGCUGUUUGUGGGAGCUGAAACAAAAAGUUUGUUAAAAGGAUUAUAUCAUCUCACGGUGCCAUUUGCAUUCAGACUAAUGAGUCAAGUAUCAUCUUUCACUGUUGGUCGGGACAUAAGACUUUUGAAAGUUUGAUUAAACAAGCAUUUGACUUUUGUGUUAUGUGAUCCUGUUGACCACUAAAUGGUCUCAGAUUAACAAUUAUGUUAUAAAAAUUUUUUAAUAUUGCGCAGCAAUGAGAGAUUCAGUUUUAAUUUCUAGGUAACCAAUCUUGAUCAUUUUUACAUGAAAAAAAUAUUGUGAUUCUGAUUCAAGAAAAUUAGAAAAACUGUGUAAUUCUAGCACUUCUUAGCUUUUGUAGACAAGCCUGUCACUGGAAUUUUUGGUCGUUUUUUUAAUCUAGCUAGUAAACACCCACUGAGCAUUUUUUGGUCUAAAAGAGGUUUAAUAGACGUCUAAAUGACGACGGGUCUAAAAUCAGGCCACCACAGGUCUAAAAAUUAAAGUUUUUUAGACCUCUAAAUUUAGACCAAGUCUAAAUCUGGGCUGUAUCUAUAGUAUACUGUAUACUGCUCAACGGCUAUCAUAAUUAUUUUGGUUCAGUACUUUAAAUCAGUUAUGCAACUUACAUUUGCCUUUUUGAAAUAAAUAGUUAUCGAAUAAUAGGUUAAAGUGCAACGUCUAAAUUCUGUCUAAAAAUAUACAGAAUCUAGACGGUUGAAAUAAAGUCUAAAAAAAAUCUAGAUGUCUGACAGCGGUCUAUUGCUCAUUGGGCAGUGUUGAUAGUUUAGGUUCGAUAUCAUUAUUAAAGUCAUACUUAACUUGCAAAGAAAGUUAAAUUGCUUUCAGUGCCUAAGUCUAGUUAGCAAAACACUGUAAACAUAAUUUUUAUCCAUAUAAUUAUUUUGAUUUAAUAAUUAUUGACAGUGUCUGCCAGACAGAUUAAUUGAUGAUGCUUAAAAAAGUCUUAGAAAUGCAACAGUACAACUUUUCAGGAGUUCUAGACAAGAUAGGGAAAAGGUUAAAGUGUUAUUUUAACUAUAGUAUUUAAGCACAUGCAGAAUGUUUAAAAAUGGAUUAGCAGUCAAAUAUGAUCACACUGGAAUUUGCAAUUGCAAAUCACUUAGACAAUGGGGGAUAUUUAAGUGACAAAUAGAUGCAGAUAAUCUGAAUUUUUGUUGGAUGAAGACAAACUAUAAAGAAGACAUUUAUGUUUCCAAACUUUGGUAAAAACUAUGUACAAUUAUCAGGUCCUUUCAGCAAAGUUUAUAUGCUUUAUCUCCUGAAAUUUCACACAGUCUCCUCGUGGUUCAAAUACAAAUACUGAAAACUGCCCUUUGCAGAUCUAAGAGAGGCUGAUGUGACAUUAGGGUACUUUGUACUCCCUAAACAGGUGCUCACAACUGCCCAAUGCCACCCACUGGGAGACUUCAGAGGUUGCCACGGUGACGGAGUCAACCUUCGGCAGGAGUGAGGUGGAGAGUCGAUUGAAUGUGAGCAAGGAGCAUACUCACUAUCACACCCUGGAGUGUGUGGCGAGUGUGGACGGUGACGAGGCCUACACACUGUUCUCCAUCAGUGGUACGACUUAACCUAAUCUUAUUUACAGUAUACAGGGGCUUUUUUUGGUACACAGAUAUGAUCCACUUUUCACAGACACAGACACAGUCACAUGGACUUGAAGUCUGCAGAGGCCAGGUGCGAGAUAACUGAGUACAGAUUGAAUGAGAUUAUUGACUGCUGAGUGUGCAGGCUGGGAUUAGAUGGUGUAGAUUCACUAAUCCUUGUCUCACAAACAAACACCACUGCUCCAGCUGUCUUCUGGAGGAGGAGUGUUCAAACUGUGUGUGUUUGAGUUUGCACCAGUGUAAUUUUUUUUAUACUGCAAAUGCUAAACAGGAUUUGUGAAUACUCGUGUGUUUCCCCCUCAGAACGCCUCGUGCCCCACAAACUCUUCACUCCUCUUCUGACUGGCAUGGUGGCCACUGGGGUCUUUCUAAGCCUCAUUCUGGUGGUGCUGCUUUAUAAAUACAUGCAGGUAAUAUUGCUAAUACAUCAGAAAAUGCAAAAGAGAAAUACAAUUUAAUCUGUGUAAAAGUAUGGUCAUAAAUCACUCGUAAAUCACAUGAAGCAAUAGCCAUCAAAGCCAUAAAUUAGAUUAAAAAACACUUUAUCUACAUCAUCUGCAUUCAUUACGUCAUUUGUAGCACAGAAGAAUAAGCAUGUUUAUUUUGCACAAGGCUCACUAUCCUUCACUAAUGACUUAUGCCUGAUUAUAGUCUCUGUUACUUGUUCUUCUUGGUGUGAUUUUCAGCAGAUAAGAGAGGAAGUAUCUCUUUUUAACCAGUGUGAAAGUAUCCGAAUGAAUUUAAAUCAAAUAAACCAUCUAUUCAGGAUGCUCUCAUUAUAGUCAGAGGUUUUUGGAAACUCUGAUCAUGCUACGGGCCAUUAACAUACCCCCUCACUAUGCUGCUUUUAUUGCACUCACAUUAGUCAGACUCCUUUAGGACUACUUUAUGAAUUCACAGUGGAUGAAAGUCUAGACUAAUAUCUCUGUGCAUAAAAAAUAACAGAAAGCUUAACAAUUAUUUUUUAUCCUCUUUGUUUUUCUUUCCAAACUUUGACAGAAACCAAAGUUCCAAAUCCAGUGGAAGGUGAUUGACAGUAUCCAUGGUAACAACUACAUCUAUAUCGACCCUACACAGCUGCCGUACGACUCAAAAUGGGAGUUUCCUCGACAGAAACUACGGUUUGGUAUGACAGCCUUUACAAGUGUGUGUAUUUAUAUAUGUGGAUUUGCCGCAAUUAGCUUCUUUGCAUUUUAAGGUGGAACAUUGUCUUUUGUUGGGAUUAUAAAUGAUGACUUUGGACAAACAUCUUCUUUUUGAGUUGUUAGAGAAUUUAGCUCAACUGAUUUAGACGUUGCCACUUCAUUUUUACCCCUUGAUAGAGGACAAGGUGAUGUUAUGUCCCCACCAAGGGGAAACCAGGACAUAACAUGAUGUACGACUCCCAAGAAAACCAGCAAAAUAGUUUAGAGUAAAAAAGCAGAUUUAAUGAUCCUCAUGGGUGAGUGAGUGCCAAAACAACAAAGAAAAGCUCUCUAAAUAAACUCUAAACUUACCUAUCCAAAAACAUCUUUUCAUUCUAAUGACAAAUACCUUACCCGAGCUGCUAAUGUAUAAACAGUAGAGAGAUCAGGACGAAACAAAAAGCUACUCUGCUGCUUCUCAAUGUUCUGUAUUUACAAUGAAUCAUUUUUCAAUCGUCACUUUAUUUACAAGCUAACAUUAACAUUUGAAAUGCUUGUGUGUGGGUGUGUUUCCUUAAAGGUAAAACUCUGGGUUCUGGUGCUUUUGGAAAAGUUGUGAGGGCCACAGCAUAUGGACUCUGCUCUGCAGACACUGUUACAACUGUUGCUGUCAAGAUGCUCAAACGUAAGUGAGUGUGUGUUUUUGUGUGAGUGUUGGUCUGUUUCACAUUUUCUCAUUUUCUGUGGCUGUCUUUAAAACCCCCUCUAUAAUUGAUGAUUGGUCUUCCCGGUGGAAUUUCAGGAUUUGUUUUAGUUUGAAUACCUCCCAAAAGACCACUUACCUGUAUCCUCUUGUUUUCUAACCUAAAUCAGACAUGCAGACGUUAUGAGCUGAAAUGAAAGCGAUUUGCAGAGUUCUUUCACUGCAGAUUUUCCCUCUGAGGCAUUAUAAACCUCCCAAGGGGUCCUCUGUGUGCAGCUAAAACAGCCUAAGUUAAUACUUUGGCAGAAAAGAAAGAGAAGGAAGAAAGUUCCCAGAGCUCUUUUCUAUUGAAUGAGUAAAAAAAUGUUUAUUUAUGCUUCUGGCCAAAACAGCUUUAAAACAGGUAAGCAAUCAUUGCAAGGUAAAUUUAUGACAGUCACCUAUGUAGAAAACUUCCAUUAAUUAACAACCUAUGUCCUAAUUGUCAUAAUUUUCAUAAUUGUCAACAACUUAUCAAUUAACAACCUACAUAAAUAUGAAAACAGCAAUAUUAAUGCCGCCUGUUUCAAUGUUUAUGCUGUUAGAGGCACUUGAGCUAAAAGAACACAAACCUAGUGCCCUUUAUUGUAAACAAGAUGUGAUAGUAGACGCUGCUGUACUGUCUAUAAAUACUGUAAGAGUGCAUAAAUGUCUGAUGAUGUCAUUUUAGCCAACGCUCAUUCGACGGAGAAGGAAGCGCUGAUGUCAGAGCUAAAGGUUCUCAGUUACCUUGGAAACCACGUGAACAUUGUUAACCUGCUCGGGGCCUGCACUGUUGGAGGUAAGAGAGACGGUUUUACCAUGGAUACCAAACUUAGUUCCUGAGGCGGUCAUGUCUGCUUCUUGCUUUUGCACAUGUUUAUUACAUAUGUAUCGACUGACUCGUGUUACAGUUAUGACUUGCAGAGGUCCGGCAGACAUGUUGAUUCGCUGACGUGCUGUCGAUAUUUCUCUCUGAUUAAAAAUCCAAUGUUAGGACGUGCUGCAGUUUGACUGGUCGCAAAUCUACACAGCAGUCAAUCAAUAUUAUCUACCUGUCUAGCCCUCAACAUUGAUUAUGCUGCAGCAUUUACAUUAGGUGUCCACUCAAGUAUAAAAAGCAGGUUUUUAAAGAAGAAAUACUAAAUACUUAUUGUUUUUCUUGUAGGUGCCGAGAAUAAGAAUGAGCAAAUUUUAUUACAUUAAAGCAAAUUGAAGAACUUGUUCAGUAUCAGCGUAAGCUCUUUAAAUAACACACUCAAAUUUGUGCGUCUAAUGAAACGUAUUGCUUUUCUUUCACUGACGGCACAUCGCUAAAUCAAAUACUCUUUGGGCUUAUUAUGAAGGCUCUGUGUUUCUGUCCUCUUUCAUUGUAAUUUGCUGUCAUGUGGUUUGAAAAACACUGAGCGCUGAGAUUUCUUUUACAUGUCUGGAUCCUGCCAGGCCCAAUUUUGGUGAUCACUGAAUACUGUUGCUAUGGCGACCUCCUUAACUUCCUGCGAAGGAAAAGAGAGUCCUUCCUCAACUCCCAGGUUGGCGAUGGUUACUAUCGCAACGUCUUGAACCAAGCAGAGCCUUCGAGGUAUGUUGGAACGAGUGUUUGAUCAAAUAUUGACAGCAAAUGCAAAAUGCUUUUCGACAUCUGACGCUUAGAUGUGUUUGUGUCUUUGUGUGUGUGUGAUCAUGCAGCAGAGAUUUGACUGGCACGGGAUAUAUGACCAUGCGGCCUUCUGAGAAAGAAAGGUGCACCCAGUCAGGUAGAAAGUCUCACUUUACAUCUCAGAAACACACUGAGGGUUCACUAAGAAUGGAUUGCAGACACUGACUGCACCAAGAAUUGUGCAUCACUUGCCCUGUAAUCUGCUCUGUCUCAAUGUCUAAUUCACAAAGCAGACUGUGCUUGAAGGUUUCAGGAUGACAAAGCUCAGAAAUACUCCAGCACAAUUACCACUAACUCCCGGCAGACAAUGAACAUUUCACUGUUAAUGCGCCCGGCUGUAGCCCCAGUGUUUCAGAAGCAGAUGUUAUUUGCAAGAAUUCUCUUUGACAGAGAAAGGGGUUUAUUUUUCUCCAAACUAAUGAUGAUGGCUCAUUUAAAUGCAUGCAAAUAAAACUGGAGGACACAUAAAUGACAUGAAUGCUAUUUGCACAGUAAUGCAGUUUGUGGAGCAUUUUACCCUUUGCACAAGCUUUGUAUAUCAAAUAAUGUCCUUUUUAGGCGCAUUUGCAUAGAUUUCGCAGGAGCAAUCCUUUUGUGGAUCAAGCUCUGAGUGCCUUUUACACUGAAUAUUUACAAAUCCUACCCCCUCUUGUACAAAAGUAAAGCCAAAAUACACUUGCAGCAUAUUAUGUGAAGAUGUUUUUGAAGCCUGAGGCAGCACAGUUGGAAUUAGCUGGUAAUACUGUGGUUUUGAUCCCUGAGUACUCCACCAGUAUCAUCUGCAGUUGAACAGUUUUAUUUGUUUGAAGCAGACACUCACAGUCAGGGAAAGUUUGAUGACAUUUGAAUUAACUCAUGCCAUUGGACAAUUUUUCUAACAUAGCAGUCAAUCACUAUAACUAUAAAUCUAAUUGCAGCUAAACUCAAAGAAAAAACUAUAAACAUCAAGAUUUGAAAGAUAGCUGUGUGCGGCUAACGUUAGCAGAGCCAGUACCACCAACCCUCAGUCCACCCUGCAGGUUAAAAUCUACUUGUUUGUGCUAGUUAUGCAUCGCACUGGUUGAGUGAUUGCAUGCCAGUUGAACAAGACACAGCUUACCGAGAACUUUUGAUCGAAAUGUCACAAAAUCAUACUGCAUUUCAAGAUGCGAUCUGUCAUCUGUGUUUGUUUACAUUCUAGUAGUAAAGCAUUACGACAUAUUGGCAGUAGCUGUUAAAUGGAGCAACAGCCCUAGAUUGUGAGAUUUGCUGUAGCUUUAGCUUUGACACAAUAUUCAACAGGGCCUUCAAAAGUGAAAAUGUUAAUUACAGAACUGGACUGAGGUUUUGGUGCCUCUUAGCAACAGCGGCAAUGUUAAUACUUCAGUCAAAUAUUUGCACACCUUUUAACUUCAGUUUUCAGGGAGGUCAUUCAUGCUGUCAUUUUCAUUCACCUGAGCUGACUUAGCAAUCAUGUUUCAGAUGACAUAGACGAGCUGUCUUUGGAUGCCGAAGAUCUCCUCAGCUUCUCCUACCAGGUGGCCAAAGGGAUGGAGUACAUCACUUCCAAGAACGUAAGGCUUUUACAGACUGUGGGGCUUUAUUCAGAGAGGAGUUACAGCUGAGAUUUAAAGACACCCUGCUAGUUGAUAAAUCAUGUUAUGGCUCUGAGCCAACAUGUGCUGCAUAGCUGUCUGCUGAUAAGGCCAUUACUAUCAGAGCCAUGCUCAAUGAAGCUGCUUCUACAUAAGAUCCUAUAUUUCAUAGGCAUUAAACCAGCUCCCUUAGGAUAUUAAGUAUUUUUUUUUCUGGUCAAGUUUCUCUGGCUGCUGUUUUAUCUAUUAGUUUCCCCCUAAUGACGAGGAAAUGUGCCUUUAUGUCUUUUGUAAAUCACCUCUAAUUUGCCUUUUGUGUUUGGUUUGUAAUAACACUGCUCUGGCCUUGUUUGAGUGUAUACUGUGAGUCAGCCUCUCACUGCGGUAAGCAGUUACAAAGUCAGGACUCAUUUCCGUGUUUGUGUUUGUGUAUGUGUGUGUGUGUGUGUGUGUGUAGUGCAUCCACAGGGAUCUUGCAGCCAGAAACAUUCUGCUGACUCACGGCCGGGUGGCUAAGAUCUGUGACUUUGGGUUGGCUCGAGAUAUCACCACUGAUGCCAGCUACGUGCUCAGAGGCAAUGUGAGUGUUUGUCCCCUAUUUUCUCUCCCCUCCCUUCUGCGGCUGAUAUAAUUGAUGAAUCUAUCAAACUCAUUUAAUCUAUAGAAUAACUGGAAAAGGGAAAAUUGGAUUACCUAAAGCACAAGAUGAUGUUAUACUGUAUAUUUGUUUCCAUCGAUACGUUACAGGUAAAAAAUAAAGAUGUCUACAUUUAUUUAAGACAAAAUAAAACUCAUGUUUUUAUUUUAAAUUAAAAAAUCCCAUAUUCAACAAAUAGAAAGAUGUGACUGAAUGAGCAUUGAAUGAGUCUGUCUCACUUACAACUGGUCGUUUGUAUUUUCUUAAGAAUGAAGCCGUGAGUGUUGCUCUCCCUCUUUCAGGCUCGUCUGCCCGUCAAAUGGAUGUCUCCUGAGAGUAUCUUUGACUGUGUCUACACUUAUGAAAGUGACGUAUGGUCUUACGGCAUCCUGCUCUGGGAAAUCUUCUCUCUGGGUAACAUUUCCAACUAAUCCUCUUCUGUUGCAUCCGUUUCAUAGUGUCUGAGCCAUUAUUAUCAUCUAAUAGAGACUAAAGCCUCAUCAGAGCCAUAAAAUGCAGCCCAAGAAACCAGCAUUACCGUUGAGUCUGUGGUUUCAUGACAUUAGGUUACUGUGUGUUAACUCUGUAUGUCUAUAUUGCAGGUAACAGCCCAUACCCAGGGAUGCAGGUGGGCUCAGCAUUUUAUCGGAUGAUUCAGGAAGGUCAUAGGAUGAACAGGCCAGAGUUUGCUCCUGUUGAGAUGUAAGUGUAUAUCUUUGAGAGGAUCAUUUCAGUACAAGAACCAGGACUGGCAACUACCUGGUUUACCCAAUGUCUCUCUCACUGUGAGGGUAAAUUCAAUAUGACCUAUUUUAUGGGUCAAUCAGGCCAAAGUAAGUCGAGUCUUUUUAGUGUUAGAUUCUGCUAUAUGUGCUGGACAUACACAGGAAUUAAAAAGAACGUUUCUGUACAGCCUACGAGGCAAAUAGUAUAACAGAAUAUAUUCUGAUUCAAUAGAAAGGAGCAAAAUAUAAUAGAAAAAAGUAAUAUACAAAUACAUCAACAUACAUGUGUAUCUUGUGUGUCUAUGUACUCUGCAACAGACACACAUACACAUGCACACCUACAAUUAAUGUAUUGCAUGGAUGUAAACUGUAAGCAUUACUGUAUACAGUCGUUGAGCUGUGGUAAAAAAAAUUUAUGUGGUGCAUUAAUACAGAACCAGGUAACUCUUUAACAGCAGCAGAGUACACUAUUAAUGUAGGUCACCAUAGGUCAUGUUCAAUAUUUUAGGCUGCAUAGCAUGUGCAACGUCUCAUCAACCUUUCAGGUAAUUGUACAAAGUUGCAGCCUGAAUUGCAAACCAACAGCUGCAAUAAAUUGGGAUAUGGACUUGGGAUAAAACAACAAAGAUUAAAAAUAUUUACUCUCUUUUUUACAUUUUUUCCUUCCCUGAAUCCAUACUCAGUAAAUACUAUCACAUUUUGCCACUUUAGAUCUAACCUCUGGUCUCACCUUUGUAGGUAUGACAUGAUGUUGUCAUGUUGGAACCAUGAUCCUCUGAAGAGGCCUUCCUUCAGGAAGCUGGUUGAAAGGACGGAGCUGCUGCUGUCGGAAAAUACAAAAAAUGUGAGUAGAUGAAGACAUGAAAUUAAUGACAUUCAUUUUCUUCAUUUUUAAGGGUUAUUUGGCCAUUUUGUCUUGAGUAGAAAAUGACUGAGUACAGAGAAAGCAAGAAUGAAGUAAUAUGCAACUUACAGUCUUUAAGUCGAGGUGGAAAAAGAUUCUUUGAUAACUUUUAGGUUACUGUGAUGUCCCAACUAACAUUAUGAUUACAAGUUUUUCAUUCUUGUGUGAUACAAAGGCGCUCAAUUGACCUAUCAAGUUAACUCGUCAUGUUCAGGUCACCACAAACUGACAACAGUAGUAUAGUGUUGUAUAGCUCAGGAGCCGUGUUCGUCAGGUUUGAGGGCAAAGCCAUAACUUAUGACAAUGAGGGUUAUGUCUCAGAAUUGGAAAAAGUAACACUAUUAAAUCCUUUUUAAUUUACACCUUUUAUUAUUCCUCAGGUGUACCUGACCCUGAGCAACAACACAGGCCACCCAGAGCAGCAGAGGGCGCCAUCACGAAGGCUGAGCUCAGUCUGCAGCACGACAGCACCAAACCAGCCUUUACUGCAAAAUAGUACUGAUGUCUUCCAAGAUUAUGUUUGAUCUGUGUUCACACACACACACACACACACACACACACACACACACACACACACACACACACACACACACACACUGACAACAUACACUUCUGUGAAUCACACAACUUCCCCUACCUCCCUGGUCAUUUUCAUAUUUCAAAGUACAAGAGCCAAACUACUCUACAUCAACCAGUAACAACAUCUUCACUCUUAUUAACAGAUAUUGGCCUAUGUGCAUCUCUCCCAUACACACAACUAUAUAUACACACAUGCACACACGCACAUAAAUACUGUAUAUAAAGGACUGUUGUCUGGGCUUCAGUACUGGCCUCUCUCUAAUCUCCCCAAGUAUUGAUUUCUGGGGUAGGUAUUUUAGGUGCAUGUCUUAUACAGCAGACUCCAGCACUAACCAGCCAUCAGAUAUAUCUGCACUCAUCAGUAGCAGGAGGAAGACAGGCUCACACUCCGCCUCUUUAAAUGCUUUGGGGGGAAAAACAGAGUGUCACUACGCCAAAAUCCCUGACCGAGGGUCGAGGGGUUUUGUGAGUUGGAAUUGUAAUGAUAGACUGUUAAUUAAUUUUUGGUUAUUUUUAUUUUUGUUUUUGGACUUUUUUCUGUCAGAUUUUUUUUUCUGAUGGAGGUAUUUAUUUUGUUUUACUUUCUGAAAAACUGUUUUCCUUUCUAAAUUCAUUUGAGACCACCUGUACAGUCUCUGCAUUAGGUACAGAGGAUGAAGCCGACCGCUUUUUUGGUUCAUUAAAAUCUGGAAACAUGGGAAAAAGCUAGCUUGUCUCAGAUGAUCUUUCAAACACUGAUCACCCAGUAACUUCUUUAAACAGAACUUAUUUCCCUGACUGCUGCAAAAUAGUCUCUCGAGAGUCAAACGACAGCUGGCCCUGUACGUGAUGUUGAAUAAGCAGGAUUCAUUUGUUCCGUUUUCAAAACAUGCAAAAAAAGUUUUACACUCGGCAUUUGUAAAGCAAAAUGCAGUCAAAAAAUCCAGAACUAUUAGGGUCCAUUGAAAAAACAGUUUUAUUGUGAAGGCCAAAUGAAUCGAUUGUGGUUUCUCAUUUAUAGUAAUUGAGGGUGUAUCACAAAAAGUUACAUUCCCAGCAUGUCCAACUGUUACUUUUUAAAUCUUAUUUAACUAACACAAUUAACACAUGCUGAUUGUUUUUCUUUAGACUAUCCUAAAACCAUUUUUAGGGCCUUAAAAACAAACUUUCUUGUAAGAUGCCUGGAGUCUGUUUUUAGGUAUGGUAUAUCAAACGAACCGCUGAAAGAUGGUAAGCAAGCUGUAACUCGUAACGGAAACUAAAGCUAUAAGUUGUGGAGAUUCUGAUUUCCCGACUGUAUUUAGUAGCUUUUAAAUACUGUGACUCACAGAGAUUGGUGUAAUGCUACAGAAAUUUUAAGGUUAGCUGUAGUCUCUUUUGUGAAGCGUUUAGAAACUACUUCUGUGCUUUUUCCACUUGAUUUAUGUCAAACAAUGUAUGCAAUGUAAAUAUAAUAGAGAUGUGCCUUUAGAUUUUUUUUCAUAUGACUGUACAAAUUUGUUUGUGACACAAUUAACGUGUAGAGGGCAACCAAGAGAACGCCUCAGUAUGCUGGUUUUAAGGGUCACACAGUUUUGAUACAUAUGGUUGAAUUGUAAUAAUAAAGAAUGUACCUGUGAUGGAAGAUAGA